GGUUGUUUAUUCUUUACUCGUUGCAUGGUGGAAACACAUUAUUAACUUGUCAAGAAAAAAAAAAAUUUCUCGUAGUGUGCGAUUUGGGUUAUGCUGAUUUAUAUACUAUUUAUCUACCAUAGCGCCACUGGUUUUCUUCAUUUUUUUUCCUUGGGAGUUGAGAGAAUAUGGAGAGUUCUCUUGUGCUUUGGUUGAUGCUAAUUGCAACUUUGGCCAUCAUUCAUAGUGUUCAAGCUCAAGACCAACAAGGAUUUAUCAGUUUGGAUUGUGGGCUACCUGAGAACGAACAGUCUCCUUAUAACGACACUACCACGGGGCUGAACUUCUCCUCGGACGCAACAUUCAUCCAGAGUGGGAAAACUGGUAAGAUUCAGGCAAGUUCGGUGGGUAUAUUAAUGAAGCCAUACACAACGGUGAGAUAUUUUCCAGAUGGAACACGUAACUGCUACAGUCUGAACGUGCAGUCGUGGCGUAGAUAUUUGAUCAGGGCUACAUUUACUUAUGGAAAUUACGAUGGGCUUAACGUUCAACCGGUGUUCGAUCUUUAUCUUGGACCUAAUCUAUGGGCCACUAUAGAUUUCGAAACAGAUGUGAAUGGUACACGGAAAGAAAUCUUACAUACCCCAACAUCAAACUCGUUGAAUAUUUGUCUUCUUAAGACCGGCGAAACUACACCGCUAAUAUCCACUUUGGAAUUAAGGCCAAUGGAAAAUCGUUGUUAUAUCACUGAAUCUGGGUCCCUGAAUCUACACCACCGGAGUUAUCUUACAAAGUCAGGAUCUAAUCUAAGGUGAGUCAGUCAAACUUCAGCUAAAGAAACGGCUCUUCUUGUUUUAAUUCUAUGUGUGUUUUCUCGUCUUUUGUACGUACCUUUGUGCUAUGAUUCACUACAAGAAAAAAGGGUUUUCUUAGCGGCGGAAAAAUGCUAUCUACAGAUACCAUAGCAUUUUAGCAAGCGCUAUGUCAUCGUCCAUUAUAAUAGGUCAAAGACUUUAGAUAGCGGAUUUU